AUGAAUGUCUUCCCGAGGGCUCAGCCGAUUGCAGGCUUUGAUCCUGGCUUGUUUGGCAGAGCAUGGGGCAACUUGAUGACGCCAGCACUGCUGGGCCAGAUGACACCCCAGCAGAUGCAAACAUUUGCCCAGAUAACACCUGCGCAGAUGCAGAUGAUGGGCCAGAUGUCUCCAGCACAGAUCAUGGGGCAGAUGAUGGCGGGCCAGAUGACGCCUCCCAUGAUGCCCUUUGCUCCCUUCAUGCCUGUUGCGCCGACACCGCCCCCAGCGCCUCGGGAGGAAAGCGCAGCGCCAACACCGCAGGGAGGAUUCGAAGGCGCCCGCAGCAAGGCUGCAGGGCCACCGCUUCCGGAGGCCAAGGUUCGCACUGAGGCAAAGUCCAAGGCCACGCCGCCCCCUCCAGCAGGCCGUGUUCGAGUCUCCGCCAUGGUGUUGUUGCCGCAUCCAGAGAAUGACGACAAGAAGCGCGACCACGUGAUCGAGAAAAAUCCAAAGGUCGUAGAUGAGCGCCUGCAGAAGGACUGGGACUGGUUCCAUCAACUAGUUGGAGACAAGACCCCAGUCUGGCCCGCAGAAACUUUGGCGGAAGGAGGAGUGGUGUAUGGCAAGUCCGCGGUCUUCAAGCACAACGCCCGAGAUGUGCUGGUCCUCUUCAUUCCAGCCGAAAUUGGUUCAAAUGGCGAGGCAGUGGCGAAGGUGAUCGCUAACUUCGGCGGCAGGUGUUACCUCAUGGGCGACCAUCAUCCAUUGUACAAGGAGGUGAACUCAUGGGAGCUGCCUGCGAUACUGAGGUCAGCAAAGGCCUACGAGCCACCGUCCAAGCGGCGGAGGUUAGAAGGGGAACCCUUGACGCCCACGGAAGAGGAUGUGGGCGCUGUGACCGACCAGGUGUCGCCACAUGGGACCCCCCGGGUAUUGAGGCCAAAGAUAGAUGAGGAGGAGUACGCAGAGUGGUGCGCCGAGAUCAGGCAUUUAGGCACCAAGGAGUGCUUGCAGGACAAGGAUGAGAUCCCAAACUUUGCCAGGAAGGUGAAUUCCAGGUGGUACGACGCUUUCGGCCCAGAGGUUGUCUUCGGAACGCUUGCCAAGACCUUCUGCAAGAGCAAGUGCUCGAAGAUCCACAGAAGGGCCCUCGCUUACGUGCUGCAUGAGAUGAUCAUGAACAGGCUGAUACCGCAGGAGUUCAGAGGAAUUGUUUUGGGCUGGUUCUUCAUCCCGGUUGGCAAAGUCAUCCGGGCGAUGAAGGUGAGGGAGCGGGAGGCCUACGUGAACUUGGUAGACUUCUGGGAAUACCACGCGUCCUGCGAGGACCCACCGAUCUCGCUGGGGGAGAUCAAGUACAUCCAGGACCACUGGGAGCUGACAUCACUUCCGACCUUGGCUGGCCAGCAGGGCCGGCCUGGAGAAAAGGCCCCAUGUGGUCAGAUCAUCCCGACCAUCGUCAGCCGAGCACUUUGCUACACGAACGGUAGCGAGUCCUCUUCCUCAAUGUCUGCCCGAAGCGAUUCCCGUGGCAGAACGCAGCUUUGUCUGGGCAUUAUUGGUCAGUUCAUCCAAACCCUUGACGGCGCUGACAUUCCAAUUGGCUUCUUUCAAGGGGCAUGGGAAUCGGCCUACCUGACAUCGGACAUAGCAAGGAUCCUCGUUGGGGAGGUGCUGGGCUACAACACUUGGACCCACCCAGAGGAUGGAGCAAGCGCAGUCACAACACCCUACGCCUUGGCAGGAUGUUUGGAUUUUAACAGCGCCACAGAUCGGAAGUGCGACUUGAAUGAGACCCGGCUCCACGUCAGCGUGGACUCUUGGUGGGCCACCUUCUCUCCAGAAGUCAAGAGCAUGGAGCGGAACUACCCUCACCUGGUUCCUGUGGACUUGGGAGAUAUGGGAUACGAAGGCGAAGAGUCGAUCUACCUGAGUGCAAACGUUCUCAAGCAAGCGCUGGAUGCUGAAGGAUUAAGCUUGGAUUAUUACAGAGGCUACAAUCUGACGCAUCAUAACCCCAAGCAGUACUUCGACAGCAUCGAUGCCAUAAGUUUGGCAAAUCUGGCACUCUGCAAUGACACUGAUUUCCACAGUUCAGAUGCCAUGGAAAGCUAUGCCAGAUUUACCGGCGAUGCUGCAGGAGUUGAACAGCAAGCGAAUGGCGCUUAUGUCGCAAGGUGUCAUGCGGACAAAUGGUGGAUAUCGCCCGAAUGCAGGAGUGAUACAUCAGCUUGCAUUCCCAUUGUAACCGGAGGUUCCGGCUGGAAGGCCAAAGCAAUGAUGCACUGGUCGACGACCUACGGCAUGCCCACUGCAAUCGCCGUGGCUGCCGGAUGGGGCAACUACACAUCCAUCAUUGCCAGCAAGCGCAUCCUCUUCUACUGGUGGGUGCCAGAUGCAACGUUCAUUACGCAUCGCACUCAGGGUCGCAGUGCACCACAGGAGCCGCUGUCUGACUUGCUUGCAGCCGUGCAAACGGUUGAAUGUCAGGAGUGGGCACAGGGAAAUAUGAGGACGGCAGCAACUGGCACAUAUAUCAGCAAGGUUCGUGACUUCAUCUCCAACAUGAGAUUCGAGCUUGCCGAGUUGAUGGAUUUGCUGCUGACAAUUGCUUCCGGCACUUCGCGUUAUGACGUCGCGUGCCAGUGGGUGAAGGACCAGAAGAUUAGGUGGCAAGAGUGGAUCCCUAUCGAGACCAAUUGCAUCACUGGCUUUGGUCUAGCUGACGGCGCAGGCAACUUUGCGACUGAAAGGGCGAAUGCAACAACAUGUGAAGUUUGUGUGCCAGGAAGAUUCUCGCAGGAGUAUUUGGAUGAUACAGGGGCCACACGCCGCUGUGUCCGCUGCAGCCCGGGAACUUCUCAGGAAAAGAGUGCAGCCACCAGCUGUACGCCAUGCCCGCCUGGAGGUUACACAGACACUCAUGGAAGGGAAACCUGCAAUGUGUGCGAACAAGGAUCUUACCAGACCUUGGAGGGCCAGACACGUUGCAUCAGCUGCGACGCGGACCGCACAACACAGCUCCUCGCUGCCAGCAGGCUGGAAGACUGCGUAUGCAAGUCAGGUUUGAUCGAAAAGUCGGGGCUCUGCGAGAGCUGCGUGGAAGGCCUGUCCUGCCCCAAGGGAAGCACUGUCGAACGGCUGGUGAACAGCAGUGGCGAGGAGCGCCAGGAAGGGCCAGCGGUGUUGCCCAUGUACUACAGCAGCAUCGAGGCACCAUUACAGAUCUAUCGCUGCCAGUCGCACUGCCCAGGGGGAGCGCCUGGCAGCUGCGAUGGAGGUCGGGAGGGCCUCACUUGCGGCGAAUGCCCUGAGAAUUUCUUCUUCUCGAGCGACCAAUGCACUGAGUGUGGAGUGGCAGUUCCUGCUCUAUGGCUUCUCGGCGUUGCCAUUCUGGCACUUGGCAUUUUUAGCUCGUACUACCUCCUCACGUCCAGCUAUACCGCCAAAGCCAGUGUGCUGACCUGCACCACCUGUAGCUUUGGGAUGAUGGUCUCUCUUUUCCAGAAUUUGGGUGUGAUACAGACAGUGGCCGUGCCCUGGCCAGCAGGGUUGAAAGACUUCUUGGGCUUCUUCCAGCUUUUUCUCCUGGAUCUAGACAGCCUGGGCUUCAGCUGCCUUGCUGGCGGCCCCGUUCAGCGCUUUGCAGGCAACUGUGCAGCGUUCUUUGUCGUGGUCUUUGGCCUUGUGUUGACUGCGUUUCUCACGAACCUCCUUCCCCGGCGCUUCUCCUGGCUGAGCUGGCAGAAGUACAAGACCAUGAGCACCAUCGGCCAGUUCUGCCAGGUGAGCUUCACCACCAUGACCAAUGUGGGCCUGGCUCCCUUUAUGUGCUAUCGUCACCCCUCCGGCGCUGAGAGCGUGUUAAAGUACAGUAACGUCUUCUGCGCAUCCGCCGAGCACACCUUGAUGCAGCUGUUGGGUAUUUGCGUCCUUGCGCUGAGCGGAGUCUUCCUGGCCUCGUGCUUCUUCUUUGCAUGGAAAGCUCCCAUCUGGUCUGGAAAGCCUGUGCAAGGAGGCAUCCGCUUCCUGAUCUUUCGCUUUCGACCCAAUGUUUGGUGGUUUGGCCUUGUCCUUCUCACACGGGGCCCACUCCUUUCAAUGCCAGCUGUUGCAGCACCGAACAUGCCGGCCGUCCAGUUCGUGUGUUUGCUGGGCAUCCUGCUCCUAUCUCUACAGCUUCAGGUUUGGUAUCAGCCGUGGAAGGCCCCGAUUUUGAAUCUCGUGGACGGCGUCACCAAUAUCUUGCUGGUGAUGCUCCUGGCGGUUGGAUUGGGACGUUUGGACGCCGGAACUGAUGCUGGGGGCACCGAAGUCGUUUUGAACGGCCUUGCAGCGAUCAUCUCCGCGAUGAUGAUGUGCGUGCUGGCACUCAUGCUCUUCCUAGCUGUCACUGCUUUGUUCUACAAGAAGGCAUUGGGCAGCGCUCAGGAGUUGUGGAUCAUGAGCCUGGGCCAGAAAAUCUGCAAGAGUCGUUUUGAAGAUGGAACUGAGAACGCUGCAAGCUCUUCGGUGAUGUGA